CUACGGGCGAAAGCAUCGCAGCUAAUACGGAACAUUCCUUGUAGACUAAUGCAUGCGGAGGGCACUUCCUCCGAGAGGACAUUGGUGCGUUCGAUGCAGCAUUCUUUGGCAUUCAUCCAGUCGAGGCACAGGUAAGCACUCCAGAGUCAGCCAAUAUCACCGUUGAGAACUAUCCUAACGUCUUUUUGUGGUAGGCAAUGGAUCCCCAACAGCGCCUUAUGCUCGAAGUCGCGUACGAAACAUUUCAGAAUGCAGGAAUGACGAUGGAUUCGCUCUGGGGCUCAAAUACCGGAGUGUACGUCGGCCAGUGGGCAACAGACUACCAUGAGAUCGCGACUCGAGACAUCGACCAACCGCCCCUAUACCUAAUUACCGGAACCGGGCCCGCCAUCACAUCUAAUCGCAUAUCAUACCUAUUCAACCUCCGCGGGCCAAGCUUCACACUGGACACGGGAUGCUCAUCAAGUUUAGUAGCCUUACAUCAGGCCGUUCUGAGUCUACGAAACGGCGAAACCCAGCAAUGUUUCGUCGGGGGCGUGAACCUGUUGUUAGAUCCCCAGCGCUUCGCCUAUCAGAGUCGUCUGAAGAUGUUCUCCAAAGAAGGCCGAUCAUACCCCUUUGACGCUCGUGCGAACGGCUACGGUCGCGGCGAGGGUGCCACAGGUGUUGUCCUGAAACCGUUAUCUGCUGCCAUCCGCGACGGCGAUAACAUCCGCGCUGUCAUCCGGAAUUCCGUGCUUAACCAGGAUGGAAGGACCCCGGGUAUCAGUGUUCCCAGCGCCACAGCACAAAAGGAAGCCAUCAUCAGAGCAUAUCGACAGGCUAAGCUAGACCUGUACGCGGACUAUGUGGAAGCACAUGGUACGGGAACAAAGGUCGGCGACCCAAUCGAAGCCAGCGCUAUUGCGGCAGCUCUAUCGCAACGACGUUCGUCUUCGCGUCCGCUGCCAAUGGGGUCCAUCAAGGGAAACAUUGGACAUACAGAGAGUGCGGCGGGACUUGCGGGCUUGAUCAAGUCUGUUCUUAUGUUGGAGCACGGUCUUAUCCCGCCGCAGGUGAAUUACCAGAAGACGAACCCGGAUAUCCCUCUCGACGAAUGGAACUUGCGGAUUCCUGUUCAGCUUGAGAGGCAAAGCCUACGAAGGAUUUCGCUCAAUAGUUUCGGAUACGGUGGCACAAACGCGCACGUUAUCAUUGAUGCUGCCAGUGAUGCGAUCUCAUCAUUCGGACGUCCAUCAUUGAGCAACUCAAUGCAGCUGACAUACCACUCCGAAAAGCCAAGAGUGUUUAUGGUCAGCGCAGCGAGCGAAAAGGCAUGCCAGAGAACAUGUGCCAGGCUCGCCAAGUACAUCAUUUCCAAGCACCUAAACUCCAUCAACCCUGAUGCGGUGCUGGCUCGUCUCGCUUACACUCUAUCCAAGCAGUCAGUCCAUGCAUUCAGAGUAGCAUUCGUCGCCUCGAACCUGGAUGACCUCGUAACCCAGCUGAAUGCCGCUGCACAGUCUUCAGUUCCUCGGCGCGAGAAGAUGGGCCAAUCUCGCAUUGCCCUCGUCUUCAGUGGUCAGGGUGCACAGUACGCGGAGAUGGGUCGCGAUCUUCUUAAGAGCUAUCCUUCCUUCGUACGGUCGCUAGAGAACGCUCGACAACAGCUAGCUCGCCUGGGUUGCCCUUGGGAUAUUCUCAGCGAGCUUUGUCGGCCGAAGGCCGACUCGCGCGUCAACGAGCCAGCAUUCUCUCAACCUCUGUGCACAGCGAUCCAGCUCGCCCUUGUUGAUCUCCUGAAUGAGCUUGGAGUGUUGCCCUCCGCCGUCCUUGGGCACUCUAGUGGUGAGAUCGCUGCCGCGUACGCCGCCGGUGCCGUUUCCUUCAAAGAUGCCAUUACAAUUGCUUAUCACCGCGGCCGGCUUGCGGGCGAGCUCGUCGCUGGUAACCAGUCUCCGGGUGCGAUGAUCGCUGUGGGAGCCGCGCCGGAUGUUGCCGAGCAGCACAUCAAGUCGAUCGGACCCGAUCAUGGCCGUAUCAGGGUGGCUUGCUUUAACAGUCCCUCCAGUGUAACUGUCUCGGGUGACGUUGCCGCGAUCGAUCGAUUGAAGGAAUUGCUAGACGGCGAGGGUGUCUUCAACCGCAAGUUGAUGACCCACGGCGCAGCUUACCAUUCGCAUCAGAUGAAGCUGAUGGAGGACAAGUACACCACAGCGCUGAAGAGUCUUCGAGCUAGGCCUACUAGCACUUCCGUGCGCAUGUUCAGCUCGGUUACUAGCAAGGAGCUCGAUGAGAACACCGUUCUGGAUGGCCGGUACUGGGUUCAGAACCUGGUCAGUCCUGUGCUCUUCUCACAAGCCCUCAAGGCCAUGUGCGAGCAGGAGUACAAUGGCCAGCCGCUCGAUACCAUUAUCGAGGUCGGACCUCAUUCACAACUCGAGGGUCCCGUCAACCAGAUUCUUAAGACGAUUUCCGGACCCCAUGGGCAGGUUUCGUACACGAACACGUUGAAACGAGGAAACGACGCUGAAACGUCGCUCCUUCGUUGCCUGGGCUUCUUAGUCAUCAAGAACGGAUCUGUGCGCCUGCGCGACCUGAACAAGGACGCUAAGGAGGGUCAAAUACAACAGCUGGUUGACCUCCCGCCAUACUCGUUCGACCAUGACCGCAUUUUCUGGCAUGAAACUCGCAUCUCGAAAGAUUACCGACACAGGCCACACUUGCCCCAUGAGCUGCUUGGAAAUCUUACUCAGGAUGUCAACCGCAUCGAACCCCGCUGGAGGCGAUUCCUCAGCUUGAAGGAGUCUCCUUGGCUGCGCAAGCAUAUCGUCCAGGGUCUUAUCACAUUUCCUGCGGCCGGUUACAUUACGAUGGCCGUUCAAGCCAUGCGUCAACACAUGUUCGCAACACGACCAACAGUGAAGGUCGAGAACAUCAGGUUCCGAGACCUUAGCUUUGGUAAGGGUCUUGUGCUAUCGGAUGAGAGCCCCGACGUGGAGAUCUCACUCUCAAUGCGCCCACAGGCUCGUACUUCGCGUGAAUCAUCAGGUACCUGGUACGAGUUCCGCAUCUUCACAGUGACGCCGGACCAGAAGUGGACCGAGCACUGCCGUGGUCUCGUCCAAGCCGAAGUGGACUCCGUUGAAGGGUACAAAGCUGUGUUCACGCCAGAGGAUAUCUCUCGCAUUGACUCAGAAUGCACGAAGGAGCUCACCUCGCAGAAGUUCUAUGCCAUGAGCGAACGCAUUGGACUUGACUGGCAACAUCCCUUCAACAAUGUACACAAAAUUCGCUGCAGCAGCAACUCGUGCGUGGCUACCGCGCGUGUUCCGGAGAAUGAAAUGUCGCCUGGAGGAAUGGAAGAUUUGCUCCAUCCCGCUGUUCUUGACUCUGCCCUGUUCCAUGGUCUAUGUGCCAUUGUCAUUGCUGGGGACGGUGCCUCCUCAGCAUACGUCCCAACAUUCAUCAAGCAAAUGUGGAUUGCGAACCAGGCGGCUGAGGCGGGCAAUGAGCUGAUAUGCUCCUCAUCCCGGCGAAGCGAUCCGUUGGUUUUCGAUAUCGAUAUCAGGAACACGGCAUCUCCCGAUUCAAUGACCUUGGUAGCGCAGGGCGUCCGUGUCACCAGCUUGGGAGGCAAUUUCUCCUCGGGUAUCUCCCAGAAAGAUGCGAGCCAUUCGAUGUCGCUUGUUCCUUACGUCGAAAACUGGACAACAGAGCACAGGGAUGCAAUUUGCAAAGCCGAUUACGAACCCGGCUCCCUUCUAGAGAACAACCGAGUGCUAAACGCAUUUUGCCUUGAUUACAUCCAAAAGGCGCUGCGCGAAGUGUCGCCCAGUGACAUUCCGGAAGGAUACCUUCACUGUUACUUGGAGUGGAUGCAGAGUGUUGGGGAUGAAAGUUACGAUGCUUCGCUCCUCGGCGCUGACCUUCAGGAUCUCGAUGUUAUCGGCGAGGCUAUUGCCAUUCUCGGACCACGCCUGCCCGACAUUCUGACUGGCAAAUCGUCUGCUCUAUCACUCCUGACGCCAAACAACCUCCUUUCUCGCCUGUACACAGAGUGGGUGUCCGCCAGGGUCUACCCACAAAUGGCUGCGUACUGCCGACAGCUUGGUCGGUUCAACCCCGGUCUGAAGGUCCUCGAGGUUGGUGCCGGUACUGGAUCCGCCACUGAGCCCAUACUAAGAGCCUUGAACGGUGGUAGUGAGCGUUUCAUUCAACGUUACGACUUCACCGAUCUCUCAACCGGUUUCUUUGAGCCCGCCAAGGCACGCUUAGGCGAUCUCGCUGAUGUCGUCGAGUUCCGCGUCCUAGACGCAGGACGUGAUGCUCAGGAACAGGGAUUCGAGGAAGCCUCUUAUGAUUUGAUUGUUGCAUGCAACGUAAUUCACGCCACGCCUCGCAUCGACGAAACUCUCCGGCAUAUUCGCCCCUUGCUCAAGCCCGGUGGCAAGUUCCUUCUCCUUGAGGUCACGCGAUACAGCGUUAUUUGCAACAUCGUGUUUGGUCUGUUUGAAGGAUGGUGGUCUGGUUACGAUGAGGGACGCACGAAGUCACCCCUCCUCACUCCUACUGAGUGGUAUUCCCGCCUCGAACGGGCAGGCUUUGUCAAUGCGGAGACUGCUUUCAUUGAUUACCCGGAAGAGGAGGGUGGAAGUCUUAGCGGGAUCAUCACCAGCGCUCCUUACCCGGAGAACAGCGACAAGUCGCUUCCGAUCCACGUGCUGACCGACUCGCCGGCAAAGGACACAGUCAAUGAUUUGCGCGCCCUUCAGCAGGCCUGCCCAGAUAACGCCGUUUCUUUCAGUUCGGUCACCUCGCCCUGUGAAGCCGGGGGUAUCGUCGUGAUGCUUCCAGAGAUUGCGCAGCUACUCUGUGAUAACCCCGAUGCAGAAGCCUGGCGCUCCUUCAAGGACUGGAUGUGGAAGGCGCGAGCCGUGGUCUUCGUCAGCAAUGGCAGCAUGGUGAACCUGUCUGAUGCAGAAGGUGGUUUGUGGGCAGGAUUUUCACGGACUAUGCGCUUGGAAAUCCCAAGCUUACGCCAGAUCAUUCUAGAUAUUCAAACACCCAAUGUGCCGAUUAUGGAUAAGCUUGUGGAAGUUCUUCCGGUCCUUCUUGCUAGCCCGUCAUUUGACCUCGAUCGCCCUGCAGGCGAAGUGGACAAUGAGUUCGCCGAGAAGAACGGGCAGCUGUUCGUGCCGCGCUAUGUCCACCGAGCGGAUAUCAGCAGGGACGUUGCCCUUACCAGCCGUCAAGCUGCUCCAGAACUUGUCCCGUUCGUCGGCACAAACCGAAUCAUGGCUGCUGAGCUUGGCGUUCCGGGUCUGCUGGAGAGUAUCCGCUGGAAAGAUGACAUCGAGUGCCCUCCUCUUGGCCCCGAUGAUGUGCGCUUUGAGCUCCGCGCCGCCAGUAUCAACUUCAAGGAUGUGUUGAUUGCCGCAGGUCAGCUGGAAGGUAUCACCGAGAUGCGAAACGACUGCAGUGGGGUUGUCGUUGAGGUCGGCGAGAACAUGAAGGGUCGCUUCAAGCCCGGUGACCGCGUUUGUGCUCUGUACUCUCGUUCUUAUACGAAUUACCCGUUGGUGCACGGUGAUUGCUGUCAGAUCAUUCCGGAUUCUAUGUCGUUUGCUGAGGGUGCUUCGCUACCCAUUGUCUGGGCGACGGUGUAUUACUCCCUUGUCGAUAAGGGCUGCCUGUCAAAGGGUGAUAAGAUCCUCAUCCAUUCUGCUGCUGGCGCCGUCGGCCAAGCGUCGAUCAUGCUUGCGCAACAUCUCGGCGCGGAGGUCUACGCUACAGUCGGUAGUGACGCGAAGCGUGACCUGCUCCACACGAGAUACGGCGUUCCUUACGACCACAUCUUCUCCAGCCGCACGACCGGUUUCUAUACAGGAAUCAAGCAGAUGACCGGCGGGUACGGUGUCGACGUUGUCCUGAACUCACUCAGCGGCGAGAUGUUCCGCGAGUCCUGCAACCUCGUUGCGCCAUUCGGUCGCUUUGUCGAGAUCGGCCGUAAGGAUCUGAUGGAUGAUGCGCUGAUGCCUAUGGAGUUCCUGCUUCGCAACAUCACCUUUGCUUACGUCGACCUGACUGCUGUCAUCAUGGACAAGAAGCCCCUGGCUAGGCGUCUGCUGCGCGAUGUCGCUGAGCUCGCUGAGGCUGGAUCCAUUCACCCUGUCACGUUGACGACGAUGCCCAUCUCUGAGAUUGAAACAGCGUUCCGUCAGAUUCAGGCUGGUAAGCAUACCGGCAAGAUCAUUCUUACCGUUGAAGAUAACCAGGAAGUCAAAGCGGUUCCGUCCAUGCCUUCCCAAGCCCAACUCCGUGAGGACGCCUCUUAUAUCGUUGUAGGAGGUUUCGGUGGUCUUGGCCGUGCAAUCAUUUCCUGGUUGGUAGAGCACGGUGCGAAGAACAUCGUGUCGCUCUCUCGUUCCGGUGCAAAGGAUGCUGAAAGUCGCGCUUUUGUUGAGCAUAUUCGUCAUAAGGGCGUGACUUUGCUUGCACCUUGCUGCGACAUUGCCUCCUCAGAGGCGGUUGCGCAAUUGGCGCAGGAUAUCGAGAGGUACGGAUUGCCGCCUGUUCAGGGUAUCAUCAACUCUGCAAUGGCACUUCGGGACAACCUCUUCGAAGACAUGACCGUCGACCACUGGCGAACAGCUCUCGCUUCCAAGGUCCGCGGGUCCCAGAACCUACACGCUCACUUCAAGAAUCUCUCCUUCUUUGUCAUGCUCUCAUCCACCGUCGCGAUCCGCGGCAACUACGGCCAAUCCAACUACAGCGCCGCCUGCAGCUUCCAGGACACAUUCGUCCGACACAUGACGCACGCGGGCCAGCCCGCCUUCUCAAUCAACAUCGGCGUCGUCACGGAAGUUGGCUACGUCUCGGAGAACCCCGAGGUCGCGGAGAACCUGCGGCGCAACGGACUCGGCGCAGUCAGUAUCUCGGACGUCCUCGUCCUCAUCAACUACGCAAUCACAAACCCUAGCACCGACCCGACCUCCUGCGUCGCGUCCAUCGGCCUCGCCCCUUCGAGUGAGGACUACGAAAUUGGGUCAAGGUUCCUCAAGGCGGACCGACGCUUCGCGCAACUCGUCAAGCACGAGGGCACAACACAAAAAGCCACAGGAGAAUCCGUCGACUCGAUCACGCUUCUUUCAUCAGCAACGCAGGUCGAGGAUGCCGUCGAGAUCGUCACGUCCGCUAUCCUUCAGCAACUGAGCAAACUUAUCGCGACACCCGUCGAGAUGCUCUCGGCAGCGCAGAGUCUUGAUAGCUAUGGUGUAGAUUCGCUCGUUGCUGUUGAGCUGCGUAACUGGAUUGGAGCGUACCUGCAGGCGAAUGUGCAGCUUAUGGUUCUUCGUGGUACGGGGAGCAUUGCGCAGCUUGCGCAGAUUGUCACGAAGGAGUCGAGGAUCGUUAGCUUGAAGGCUUAGAUAGGAUUUAUUUCCGCUUUUCUCUCUUGUUUUUUCCCUUCUCUUGAUCUGUUCUUGCGCUUGAAUUCUGUUUGGCCUGGCGUUGUUGUGAUUUUCAUGUCUCAUUAUAUAUCGCCUAAUAUCUCCGUGUAUCUAUUAUUCAGUUAGUAUAUAUCAGGUCAGUGAUUCGAGCCUCAUCAUCUUAUUCAUUGUUGUCCACUGCGACGCGUAG